UUGUAAGUGUCAGCGCCAAUUGAGCUCUGAAGCGAUGAAAUGGUAGAGUUUUUGAAGAAUUGUAUAUUUUCGAUAGAGACUCUAAUUAAGAGAGUAUUUAAUUAAGUAAACUGAUGCGGCGAGUGUACCUUGUGUGGUAGAGCAGUUCCAACCGUUGCACUUAUAGACAUGGCGCUGGGCCGGAGAUCAUGGUGACAACUUGGUGUAAAUCUCGUUCGAAGUAAAAUAAUGUGCAAAAUGUACAAACACAUUAAAAACCCCCUGAACAGGCCAAUGCAUAGUUUUAAUACAAUUUCAUGAACCAAAAAGGUAUUCGCAAAGGCCGAGGACCUUAUCGCCGAAAGCAGUGAUGUCACCGGGUUGUCCAGCUGUCAUCGAAAUCGGCCUUAGGCAGCCUUGCCGCUGGUUUAACGCCGAAACAUCCCCUCGCGGUAUUUAUUUGAUUGAGUAUUUUCAUUUCUCCUGUUUAAUCAUCGUUUGAAUUGCUAUCAUUCUUUGAACCAACAUUGUUGUGUCUGUAGUUGAGUAUACGCACCUUGCUGACAGUGCCGCAAUAAGCCAAUACACACUGUUGGACGCCCUCCCGAGACAGCCGCCAAACAAUGCUUCCUUUUCUCCAAACACGAGAAGUCUCUCAGAACUCCGAGGGCAAAAACUCAUUCAAACAGCCUCGAUUGUAUUCUGCUGCUAUGAGCGAAGUAUCCAUGACCCCUACCAAGUACCAGGCGCGGCCGGAAUUGUUCCCUGCCUUCUCUGUCAUUGAUGAUGCGCAGAAGAAAGUGGUCAAUGCUGUUGGCGCAAACAAACCAGCUUCGUCUGGUAAGAUGGAGCUCUACACUCCUACAUACUACGCCGCUUGCACCUUUGGUGGCUUACUUGCCUGCGGCCUUACACACGCCGCGGUGACUCCUCUUGAUCUUGUCAAGACUCGUCGUCAGGUAGAUCCCAAGCUAUACACUGGUAAUAUUCAGGCCUGGGGAAAGAUCCUUCGAACAGAUGGCAUUCGAGGCGUCUUUACAGGCUGGAGUCCGACGCUGUUUGGCUACUCAGCCCAGGGAGCUUUCAAGUACGGCUGGUACGAAUACUUCAAAAAGGCAUACUCUGACGCCGUUGGCCCCGAGGCUGCGGCAAAGUACAAAACUGGUGUGUAUCUGACUGCAUCUGCGUCUGCCGAGUUCUUGGCCGAUAUUGCCUUGUGCCCGUUUGAAGCUGUCAAGGUCCGCUCACAGGGUUCAAUCCCAAGCCCAUACAAGGGUACCUUUGAUGGCAUUCGUUCCAUCAUGGCGAAAGAAGGAGCUGCAGGGCUCUACAAGGGCAUCUAUCCGCUGUGGGGUCGUCAGAUUCCAUACACUAUGAUGAAGUUUGCGUCGUUUGAAACAAUUGUCGAGAUGAUGUAUGCUCGUCUACCUGGCUCGAAGGAUGACUACAGCAAGGCAGCGCAAACUGGUGUAUCCUUCUCCGCUGGUUACUUGGCCGGUAUUCUCUGCGCUAUUGUUUCGCACCCUGCCGAUGUCAUGGUCAGCAAGCUUAACUCCAACAGAGGCGACGGAGAGGCAUUCGGUGCCGCCGUGGGUCGCAUCUACAAGGACAUUGGCUUUGGCGGUCUGUGGAACGGUCUGCCAGUCCGUAUCGUUAUGAUUGGUACCCUCACUGGUCUUCAGUGGAUGAUCUAUGAUUACUUCAAGAUCUACAUGGGCUUCCCAACCACUGGUAGCGCCACUGAGGACGAUAAGGCCAAGAAGUGAUUGUGAAGGCCUGGGUAUAUUGUCGCUUCUUGUCUAAGUUAGAUUUGCCGGUGAACUCACCAAAAUAUCCUAUGUAGAUUGUUUCAAUUUAUUUUAUCAAGUCGU